UUUUCUGUGGUCUGUUUGAACUACGUAAAUUUAAUCUCACUGCUGCCCUUGCUUUCCUUCUGACACUUGUUUUGAGAAACUGUAGGUAGGAAAGAGAAAAAAAUGUUCCUCUUUGAGCCUCCUCUUUUGGACCAUGACUCCCCAAAGCCAAAUGUCAAGCUAGAUGUCUUCUUGGUGCUAAGAGAGCACACACUACUCAGACGCAGGGAGACAGGACCUGGCCAUAGUCCCAGUAAACAAGCUGCAACUUGUCAGUCCAGGUAACCCAUUUCUCAUUUAGGAAAAAAAAGUACAGCUUGCUGCCAGCAUGAAUUUAAUUUUAUAUAAACACACUUUGAGACUGAUGCAAAUCUAACUAGUUUUCAAUGUGAAAAAUAUAAAAACUGUUCUUAGAGUUAUUUCUAAACAGAACUUGUCUCUAAUCCUAAUGUAACAGAAAUGAAUAUGAUCACUAAUAUAUUUUCGUGUGGUAAAUUUCAAAGCACAACACAAUGGAACAUCUGGGAUUUGACACUUUCAGCGCCUGAGAGCUACUAUAUUUUGUAAAUACCACCACUAAAAAUAGAAUGCUAUAAAUAGAAUGAUAUCCUUGGUUUCCAAAGAUUACCUCUAUACUAGUGCAAUGCAAAAAUAAUAAAAGCAAGAUAUUUCAUGGCAAACUUUGGGGGUAGGGUUAGGCCUAUAAUCUAAGAGUUGUCUGGGAGUAAAUGUUGCAGCUGCAGGGUUACAAACUAGAAAUGAGUUAAUGAGGGUCAAACUAUGUUUACGUAGGUGCUUUUUCCACUCUUCAGCAUUUAGUGGUCACAAUGAAGUGUUCUAGCCAGUUAUGGCUGUCCACAGAAAGAGCUGUCUCCAACGUCCACCCGCAUAGUGGCGAAAAAUUAUCAAUAAUUCCCCAAGGGGGCACUGAAGCGCUACGGAGGAGUCUCAGGUCUGCAAGGCAGCCUGGCCUGUCUCGUGAAAACCUCUCCCACGCCCAACCCCGAAGGAUCUACUGAAGGAAGUCGGAAAUAUCUACACCUUUGGGACCCACGACGGCCUGUAGCUGGUUCCUAGUUCAAGCGUCUGGACAAAAGGCCUGCGCGUCCUGCUUUCGCUUAAGAGGCUCCCGAGUCCUUUCUAUUUCUAGAGGGAGGAGCAGCAAGUAGAAAAGGGAAGAAAAAGGUCUGCGAUCCCUUUGGAGUUAAUAUUUGUAUGUGGAGUAGGGUACCAAUUGAGGUUCAUUAUUUUUGCAUAUGGACAUCCUGUUGUUCCAGCACUAUUCGUUGAAAAAAAUAUCUUUUCUGAUUUUCCUUUGCAUGUUUGUCAAAAAUCAAUUGACCAGGGUGACCGGGAAUGUAAACAAGAAUAACCUGCUUGUUUCCUGAUGGCUUUUAGUCUAUACUGACAUACGGUUUGUGAUGGCAUCUGAGACUGAGAAGACCCACGCUUUACUACAGUCUUGUAGCACUGAAUCUCUUAUUUCCAGCCUUGGUCUGGGGAUAUUUUGCCUAGUAGCUGACAGACUACUACAGUUUUCCAUAAUUCAGCAAAAUGACUGGCUCCGCGCUCUCUCAGAUAAUGCAGUGCAUGGUGUGAUUGGCAUGUGGUCAUGGGCAAUAGUCAUUGGAGUCAAGAAGAAGACCGACUUGAGAGAAAUUGUUUUAGCUGGAUUUUUAGCCUCUAUUAUUGAUGUAGAUCACUUUUUUCUAGCUGGAUCCCUAUCUUUAAAGGCUGCUUUGACUCUUCCACGAAGACCAUUCCUUCACUGUUCUACUGUGAUACCCGUUGUGGUUCUGACCCUGAAGUUUACUAUGCACCUUUUCAAGCUCAAAGACUCAUGGUGCUUUCUUCCGUGGAUGUUAUUUAUGUCGUGGACCUCACACCACAUCCGAGAUGGCAUUCGUCAUGGCCUAUGGAUAUGCCCAUUUGGAAAAACUUCUCCUUUGCCAUUUUGGCUUUAUGUAGUAAUUACAUCAUCUUUACCUCACAUCUGUUCAUUGGUUAUGUAUUUAACAGGGACCAGACAAAUGAUGUCUUCAAAACAUGGAAUUCAUAUUGAUGUCUGAAGUAAUCAUAUGGCAGUCUUAGAGAAGCAAAUGGUUGAGACAAUGAUAAUUAAGUGUAGCCAACAUUAAAGUGAAUUUAAAAAACAUUAGGAACUUAUAUUAAUUAUUAUAAUUCCUGAAUCUUCUUGCUCAGGAAGCAUGUACAAAUUUUUUUAUAUUAUGUAUUUAUUGUAAUUCUACUUCUGUAACACUCUAGUGCAAUAUUAGAGUUUCAUUAAUUCGAUGAUAUAUUUUUAUUGUUUCUUCUGUUUAUCUGGCUCUACUGAUAACUAUUAGAUUAAUAUCCAAUUAAGUUUUCUGGAACUAUAGCUUUCAGAUAGUUUAUUUCCUAAAGAAAAACAGUUUAAAUUUUAGGGUGACUAAUUUGUGGAAAGUUAGCAUUAUAUUUGGAUCCACAUUUUCCAAGACAUUGAAACAGUGAAAUGGCCAAAAUAACAGAUCAUGAAUAAAAUGUAUAGAGAACGCUAACAUUUCUUUAUGUCAUUUAUGUUGAUCCUUACUGAAGUUUAAUUUGCCAAGUGUUUUUAGUGAGCUGUGAUUACUGGCAUAAUCUGCUUCAGUGGACUUGUGAGAAAUCAUUGCAAUAGUCGCAAAAGACAGUAACUAACAUUAGAUUUAAGCUAUUGUUUCAGAAAUCACUUUAGGAAAUUAUUAUAAUGUGUUGGCUACAGUAACAUCUUCCUGAAGUAUUAUUUUUUUAGUGUCUGCCCCAGAAUUUUGUGUUAGGGUUUUAACUGUUUUGAAAAACAUAACUAAAUUUAACAAAAUAUUUGUCGAAAAUUAACAUGAACAAAAUAUUGAUACUUGGCUCAUAACCAUAGGAUUUGAAUUCACACAAAAAAGGACUUACCAGUAAUGUCAUUUAGGAUGUAAACUUAUAAAUGUGCCAUUAAAUUUGUUUUAGUUGCUGCCAAUUUUUUUACACACAAUUGUUAAAUAAUAUACUAGUUAAAUCAUUUUUUAAAAAUCCGCCUGAUACUGAGAGACAAAACUUUCUUUUUUUUUUUUCUCAAAAUAAAAGUAGUUUUUGAAAAUUUGAUUUUCCUUUGUCCUUUCAGGUUAAUUUCUGUUAAAAAUGAUUAGCCUUGGUCUUUCGAGCCACGCUUCUCUCGCUCAAUACUUUGCUUCCACAUCUGGAAGUAUACUUUCCCUUCUAAUAAAACUUUUGUUUUCUACUGUAAAAAAAAAAGAAAAGAAAAAAAGGUUAACCUUUAUAAGAGAAGGAAAUUUAGUUGCUGUAAAUUUUAAAUUUGCAGUUUAAUGUUACUUUGAUAUAAAAGCCGUUUCCCCAAAGGCACCUGCUUUUGUUUGUAGCAUAUGUGCCAUCUGCUGUCUUCGUAUUUUCUUACGCCUUUGUGAUUUGUAAUGUUAGUGAUUGUGUGCCUUAUCCUCUGAAAAAUGAUGCAGCAACGCCUUAUCCGAGCAGAUCUUUCUUAUUAAGUUAAACAGUGUCCUGUAAAUUGUUAUAAAGGUUUAGUCUCUUUAAUUUUUCAUUUUGUUUUUAACCAAUUGAUUUUAUAAUCUACUGGAUCUUACAAGCUGUUAUUAUCUUUCGAGAGCAAUUAUUGUGUCAGUUUCAUUGGUUUAAUAGUAAAUAUACAGUGGGGGUAAAUUUGGUUAAGGUAGAGCUUUUUAAAAAGCAUAUGAUUUCAGAAAUUCAUGGCAAUAAAGCAUUAUCUUGUGUAACUUUUUCUGACUAAA